AGGAGGAGGAGGAGGAGGGGGGAGCCGAAGCAGGAAGGAAGGCAGGCAGAGAGGGAAGGGAGGCAGGCUGUGAAUGCUAACAAGCCCCGUCGUAAUCAUACAGCUCCGUAGGUAGGGUUUGAUAAAACGUCUUGCAAUGGAGAGGAACGACGACCACUAUUAAACACCUACUAUGCGCCAGUGCCGCGUUCGCCCUGUGCGCGUGCAGCAGCCUCACCGUAGUCGGCACGUUUGAUCAGAAAAACCGUCUUUUUCCGCUGAGUGAAAUGUAUCGCGACUGCUCGGGAUUCACAUUCUGACAAUGGAGAUUGAAAAUAUCGUGGCCAACACGGUUCUCCUGAAGGCAAGAGAAGGUGGAGGAGGGAAGAGGAAUGGUCGCAGUAAGAAAUGGAAGGAGAUGCUAAAACUCCCCCACAUCAGCCAGUGUGAGGAGCUACGCCGCACUAUCGAGAGGGACUACACCAGUCUAUGUGAGAAGCAGCCCAUUGGUCGGCUGUUAUUCCGUCAGUACUGUGACACCAGGCCAGAGCUGAAGCGCUGCAUCGAGUUUAUGGAUGCUGUGGCCAUGUACCAGCUAGCUCCUGACGAGAAGAGGAGGGACUGUGGACUGAAUGUUUUAGACACAUACUUUAAUAAUGGGUCGGCAGCCCAUCUGCCAGACGUACCCCAGGAUGUGGUCGCUGGGUGUCGGGAGAGGCUGGAGCAGAGUCCGUGUAAGGAGCUCUUCAAUGACUGCACCAAAAUAGUUCGUGAUUAUCUGAGUGGAGCUCCAUUUUCCUCCUACCAUGAGUCCAUGUACUUCUCUCGCUUCCUGCAGUGGAAAUGGUUGGAGAGGCAACCAGUAACCAAAAAUACCUUCAGACAUUAUAGAGUACUAGGAAAAGGUGGAUUUGGCGAGGUUUGUGCCUGCCAAGUACGUGCCACCGGUAAGAUGUACGCCUGUAAAAAGCUGGAAAAGAAACGAGUGAAGAAAAGAAAAGGUGAAGCAAUGGCACUAAACGAAAAACGCAUUUUAGAAAAAGUUAACAGUAGUUUUGUAGUUAGUCUAGCAUAUGCCUAUGAGACCAAGGAUGCGCUGUGCCUGGUGUUGACCAUAAUGAAUGGCGGAGACUUAAAGUUCCACAUCUACAACAUGGGCAACUCGGGCUUUGACGAGCAGAGGGCCAUCUUCUAUGCUGCUGAGAUCUGCUGUGGCCUUGAGGACCUUCACCGUGAGAGGAUAGUCUACAGGGAUUUGAAACCUGAAAACAUCCUUCUGGAUGAUCGUGGACAUAUCCGAAUUUCAGACCUGGGCCUUGCUGUUCAAAUCCCUGAAGGAGAGACGAUACGAGGGAGAGUGGGCACUGUUGGAUACAUGGCUCCAGAGGUGAUCCAGAACGAGAGCUACACCGUCAGCCCGGACUGGUGGGGGCUGGGCUGCCUGAUCUUUGAGAUGAUACAGGGCCAGUCGCCCUUCCGCAAGCGCAAGGAGCGUGUCAAGCGGGAGGAGGUGGACAGACGAGUGCGCGAGGACCAGGAGGAGUACUCUGAUAAGUUCUCAGAGGAGGCAAAGGACAUCUGCAGACAGCUCCUGGCUAAGGACCCCAAGGAGCGACUGGGUUGUCAGGGUCGAGGGGCCAUAGAGGUUAAGCAGCACCCCAUCUUCAGAAACAUCAACUUCAAACGGCUGGAGGCCAACAUACUGGACCCUCCCUUCAGCCCCGAUCCUCGGGCCGUGUACUGUAAAGACGUCCUGGACAUUGAGCAGUUCUCCACCGUCAAAGGCGUGAACCUUGACCCCACAGACGAUGACUUCUACCACAAGUUUGUCACAGGCAGUGUCUCCAUCCCGUGGCAGAACGAGAUGAUUGAGAUGGAGUGCUUCAAAGAAAUCAACGUCUACGAGACUGACGGGACGCUGUGCUCAGACCUGGACGUGAACCGGCCUAAUCCUCCACCAAAGAGAGGCUUCUUCUACCGCCUGUUCAGACGAGAGGUCUGUUUUAAGGGCGGUUACAGUGACGACGAGAUCGAAGAGCCCUCGCGACUUUAAACCACUCCCUCCACCUGCCUCCUCCUCCCCUCUCGCCGCUGAACUUCACCACAAACUCCAACCGAGCGGAAAUCUUAGGAACUCAGUGAAUGUUGACCUGUAUUUAUGAGCUGUAUUAAAAGUGUAUUAUAAUUAAAGAAAAAAGUAUGAGUUUAAAGAUUUUGUACAUUUGUACUUGAAUUUAUGUCUAGAUGUAUAUUUUCACUAAAGGUUGUAUUGUACAAAAAGCCAUAAAAGUACCACUUGAAUGCAUACAUUACAUUUUUAUUUCCUUUUCUUUUCUUUUGGAAUGAGUAUGGAUAAUGUGUAUUGGGGAGUUUUUUUUAAGAAGCACAGUACCAGUAGUCCUUUUAUUUUUCUCAAUGUAGCAUAAGGCCUUUUUGUUUUUAUAUGUGCUCUAUGAUUUGGCCAUGACGUGUUGUUAGCACAUCAGAUCCACCUGACCCCAAACUAACCCUUAGCUUCCGCACCCCUUAAGGCUCAGGUAGAUCUGAACAAAGCUCAUCGAUCCAAAUGAUAUGGGGAGGGUUUAACAUUGAUGUGUUGAUGCCAUGCUGUUUAAGCCUUCCCAUAUGUUUCCCAGAUCUCCACCUGCCCCCUCAUUGGUUUGGAAGUGAUAAUCCACGUCCUUCCCUCAGCCCAGUGAACCAGGCUGCACUGGACUGGAUGGAGUGUGUAGUAAACCGUCUUCUAGGUGCCUGUACCAACUCAAGUCUAGCAGAGAUGGCAUGGAUUUAUUUCUGACAAUCUUUUUUUGUCAGCAUGUGCAACAAUAAGAAUCUUUUAAAAUACGAAGGAAAUAUUACAGAGGCUUUUCUCUGUAAUAUAAGUCCUGAUAAUUAUCAUUCCUGGACCUCUCCAAAAAUCUCUCAUGAGCUGCAAAAGGCACAGAACAUUGAUUUCAGAUGCCAGACAGUGAUUCCUUCUGGAGCACAGCUGUUAAGUCAAAGUCUGUUACAUUAUUCACUCAGGCAAAGAUUUUUUUGUGAUUUAUCUUUAUUCCUCAUCCUUUUUUCUACUUCUUUGGUUGUACUACCUGGCUUUUCUUUGUUGUUUUUUCCUUUUCCCCUGAUGUGUCCAGUUAUUAUAAACCUGUUUCAUUUGCUAAGUGGAAAUCCUUUCUCUUGAAAUAUCCUAGUAAUUUGCCACCAAUAUUUUUAGUAUACCAGCAAACCUAGGACAGGUUGACUGGAGAACAAGUUAGAACAUAGAGACAGAUGAUGAUGAUUAGGAUGGCACUGUAUCAGAGAUCUGACCUGCUGCUGACAAAGGCUUCAUCUAGAUAACAAAUUGUUGUUGCAUCAAACUAACUUCCAUUGAUUCAGCUGUCAGCAGUUAUUAGCCUCUGCGCUGAGUCAAGAUACAGCCUGCUUUGGCCUCCUUGCCUGAUGAUCAUAGAUAGCACGAUCCCUGUCGGCCACACAUCCUGCUAGUAGACCUCCAGUUAGAUCCCUUGGCUUUUGCUGUGUUUGUACUAGAUGAAAAUAAUAUUUCUUAAUCGUAAUAGCGCCCACCUUUGACUAUUCCAUUGAAAUCCUGUAUGUUGUUCUCUCAUAGGAAUGACUUGAGAUAGUUGCUUGUAUGUGCGUGUAGACGGGGAGGAAUGGGAAUAAUGUGUAAACUCCUGCCUGCAGAGUUACCAUCAUCCGUGCACAGGAACACUCGACCACUUGCAGAACCACAACUGUUGUGCACUUUUGUUUCAUCGUAGAAGUGUUUCCUUCCAAGUUAACCAAUCACGAACAAAUACAUAUUCUGUACAUUUCCCAACAUGCCCUAAUCAGGAUUCCUCAUGUCCACUAUUUGUGUUUGUUCUCAUUGGCAUUUCAGAGGCAUUGGAAGCCAUUUUGCUUUUGAAUUUUGCUUUUGAGGCAGUCGCUGUUUACUCCCCACCACCUGUUUUAAUGCUGUGAAUACCCAAUCUGGAUAUGUUAGCUUUGUGUGUGUGUGUGUGUGUGUGGUGUGUGUGUGUAUUACACUGUAUGCAAACGCAGCUUUUGUUCAGUCUAAUGCAUUGAAGUACUACAAUACAAUAGUUCAAAAUCAUGUAGGGACUUGAAUGUCAAUUGAAUUUCAAACUAUUCAAGACCACUUACAAUUAAAAUGGUACGCAUGUAAUUCCCCAUGUCGUUAAAUAAUUUGGAGAGUUGACUUGUUCUAAAAAUGUUGUCCCCUGUUGCACAUUCCAUUAUCAAAAAUCAGGAAUCGAAUGUGUGCAUCUAGCUGUUGCUGGCUUGUUGUCACUUGAGUUUCUGAGUGUCUUUGUUAUUUUUUUGUUGCUCUCAGGCACAUUUUGAAGAUUGACUGAUUUCUCUUGCCUAUGUAGAUUUUAGCCUUUUAGCUCUUUAGCCUCAAAAACCUUGUAAAUGAUGUAUUUCUAACAUGUAACUAAGCUCUAACACACAUUCACUCACUCUCACAGGGAAACUAAACUGUUUGCCACCCA